AAAAUAAUAUGAAAAGACAACUAUAAUAUAAUAUUCUUUUGCACAGCUCAAUUGUCAUUUAUAUCAAGAGAGGAAAGGAAGGGGAAGUGAAUCUAGUAGCUGUGCACAAACAUAUAUAGUAAUUAAAACCCUACCCAGUUAAGUACUAUUUUAAUACACCUAGCAAGCAAAGUAGCUACUAUUUAAGGACCCAAGAAUAAAUGGCAAACUAGCUUCAUUAACAUCAUAUAUAGAAGCUAAUAAGUUGAAGUUCUGAGAAAGCAGUUCAAGUUGUUCAACAAUCAAAAAUGUGCAAGUCAAGAUUGGAAGGCAAGGUAGCUUUGAUCACUGGUGCAGCCAGUGGUAUAGGAGAGGAAGCCGCGAAACUAUUCGCAGAAAAUGGAGCAUUUGUUGUAAUAGCUGACAUUCAAGAUGAAUUAGGUGAGCAAGUGGUAACAUCCAUAGGCUCAAACAAAGCUAGCUACUAUCAUUGUGAUGUAAGAGAUGAGAAACAAGUUGAAGAUAGUGUAAACUACACCUUACAAAAACAUGGCACACUUGACAUCCUGUUUAGCAACGCAGGUGUGAUGGGACCAAUAACAAGCAUACUUGAUCUAGACCUAGCACUCUUAGACAACACAUUAGCAACCAAUGUCCGAGGGGUGGCUGCUACAAUCAAGCAUGUGGGGCGGGCGAUGGUAAGCCGUAAGAUAAGUGGUUCUAUUAUAUGUACAGCCAGUGUAGCAGCCUGUCUAGGCGGUGUAGGGCCUAAUGCAUACACGGCCUCAAAGCACGCGGUGGUGGGAUUGGUUCGGGCUGCCUGUAAUGAGUUGGGUGCACAUGGGAUCAGAGUAAACUGUAUAUCUCCUUUUGGAGUUGCAACUCCUUUGCCUUGCAAUGCUUACAACAUGGAGCCAAGUCAAUUGGAAGCCAAUAGUUGUUCAUUGGCUAACUUGAAGGGGAUUGUAUUGAAGGCAAGGCAUAUUGCUGAGGCUGCUCUCUUCUUUGCUUCCGAUGAAUCCGCCUUUAUCAGCGGCCAUAACUUAGUGGUUGACGGUGGAUUCACCGUAAGCAAUCACACUACUACUACAAAUCUGUCUUAGAUUAGUAAUUUAAUUAAUACACUCACUACUCAUCCAUUAUUGUACUAAUUAAAUCAACUAGUAUAGUAAGGUAAUUGUUUCAUUGUUUGUAUGUGCUUAAAUAUAUCUAUAUAAAAAUUUGUUCAAGGGCAA